GCUCCGAAUGCGACGGGUUCUUGGAGGAAAUUUGGAAAGUUUCUACUGGUUGGUGCGAUUGCUGUCCCGUGAACCGAAACGCUAGGUUCAGGGCGUGUCAGAUAACUUCUGAGGUAGCAGAGGGCAUUGUUGUAGCAUGAACUGAUGGGGACACGAUGGAAAGUGUGUAGGAUUUCGGCCACUUUUCCCAUGAUCAUUAAACUGAAUAUAGAGGAAACAUUAGGUGUAAAGUUCGACCUGGACAUCAACACGUCUACAAUAGUGGCACAGACACCUGCCCCUUGUCCUUGUUCAACAAGACCAGCCGGUUCGAGAAGAAGGGUAAGAAACGAAGAAACAUCCUCUGAUGAAGAAUAAGCAUCUCCUGGCUCCGUCCAAUGUGCUGCGCCUUCUGUUUCGAGAACUGCGAGAUGACCCGACCUCACAUGCCAAGCAAGGCUGUUGCUUUGGCUAGAAUGACUGCUAGUCGGGAUGAGAUGACAAAGGCAGUUAACGAUGACAAUGAGGAAGAUGGUUUUUCUGAGGUAACAGCAGAGGAUUCAGAUGAAUCUGUUUAAUCCAUCGAAUGGCCGGAUGCAUUAUUGUUCAGGCAUCAAAAAGCUCAGAUUCAUAAAGAUAAAGCCAUGGAUGAUGAAGAAAGCGCAGGUGAAAAGCUCCAUGGCAUGAGGGGUGGUGUGAGCCAUACAUCUCCCACUCGAUCAAAAUUGCCAUUGUCUAUUCGUGAAACAGCCUCUAAAUUCUUAUUUAGUCAACGGUAAAAGAUGGUUUAUGGCGAAAAUGGCAAAAACAUUUUCCAAAUUUAGCAUAUAAUAACUAACUAUUUGGUAGGUUUGUUUGUUUUUUUAUCCGUCUCCUGUAUUUGGUAUUGAAAGUAAGAAUAGCUAAUAAAGUUAUACAUCUCCAAUGAUGUCUCGUGUAUUUAUAAUCACUAGACAAAGGGCAUUUCCAGGCGUUGUGGCUGCAAUCGGAGAAGAGAAGCAUUGUUGAGGCAACAUAUUUUAUCAGACAAGAACAGCCUCAACGUGCCUUAACCCCUGAAAAUGGGGUUCUCUUCUCUGAUUGCGGGUAGAAGUUCCAAGACUUCUGUUCUUAUCGCCAUUGGUUUUGCAUUGAUCUUGAAUGGAGCAUUAAGUUCUGCUGCAGGAACCGGCGAAAUAAGCAAGAUUCACAUAGUGUACCUGGGUGCAAGGCAACACGAGGACCCCGAAUUGGUUACAGCGUCGCAUCAUACCAUCCUUGAAUCGGUUUUUGGAAGCAAAGAUGCUGCUCGUAAGUCUAUGAUCUAUAGUUACAGACACGGUUUCUCGGGCUUCGCUGCUAAGCUUAAUUCCUCCCAAGUGAAGGCCCUUUCAGCGCAUCCCGACGUUGUUCAUGUUGCACCAAAUCGGAUUCUGCAGUUGAAGACAACAAGGUCUUUCGAUUACUUGGGGCUUUCACCAAAUGCUCCUAAGGGCCUUCUUCAUGACACCAAUAUGGGCAGUGAUGCUAUCAUCGGUGUUAUUGAUUCAGGAAUAUGGCCAGAGGCCGAGUCUUUUAAUGACAAAGGCCUCUCACCAAUCCCAACCCGUUGGAAGGGAGGAUGCGUCUCGGGGGAAAGUUUCGACGCGACGAAAUCUUGCAACAAAAAGCUGAUAGGGGCUAAGUUCUACUUUCAAGGUGUCCUUAAAGAGGUUGAUGGGGCAUUUAACUUCACAGAGGCUGGUGAAACCAAAUCCCCCAGAGACGUUACAGGCCAUGGAACACAUGUUACCUCGAUCGCUGCUGGUUCUUUCGUUCCCGGGGCAAGCGUGGAAGGUCUUGCGGGUGGAACGGCGAGAGGUGGGGCCCCCGGGGCACGGGUAGCAACCUACAAGGUGUGCUGGAAGUCAGCUGGGUGUCCAGGGUCUGACUUGGUGAAGGCCAUAGAUGAUGCCAUACACGAUCGGGUCGACGUUAUAUCCAUUUCGAUCGGAAAUAGGAUCCCGAAUGACUUCGAAGUUGAUCCGAGAGACAUUGGAAUAGCAUCUUUCCACGCUGUGAUGGAAGGGAUUCCAGUUGUUUGUGCAGCCGGAAAUGAAGGACCCGGGCCUCAAACCGUUGAUAAUGUGGCUCCUUGGAUCAUAACUGUGGCCGCUUCGACUAUGGACCGCUCUUUCCCCAUUUACCUCACUCUUGGAAACAAUCUAACCAUGAUGGCUCAAGGGCUAUACACAGGAAAUCAAACUGGAUUCGUCGAUCUUGUUUAUGGAGGCGAACUCCCCGAUGCUGAUAUAAAAAAUGGUUCUGUCAUGGGCAAAAUCGUGCUGAUUUUCAUGGCGAGCGAUGUUGAAAAGGAGAAGUUAAAGUUAAUAGUACAAGGUGGAAGCGCCGGCGUGAUAAUGGCACAAAGCAUCAUUGAUGCGGUGCCAUGUUUUAUGUUUCCGUGCGUCUCUGUGGACUAUGAACUCGGAACUGACAUAUUGUACUACAUCCAGUCCACAGCAUCUCCGAAAAUCAAAAUUAGCCCUACCAAGACAGUCGUAGGCCGACCUAUAGCGACUAAGAUCCCGACAUUCUCGAAUAGAGGACCUAAUUCGAUCUCUCCAGCCAUUCUCAAGCCUGAUAUUGCAGCUCCCGGAGCCGACAUUCUUGGAGCAGUACCUGGUUCGGACCCUCGUCAGUUCGACCUCUUGUCAGGAACAUCAAUGGCAGCUCCUGCCGUCUCGGGAGUCGUCGCCCUUCUCCGAGCAAAAUACCCUCAAUGGUCUCCUGCCGCAAUCCGAUCCGCUCUUGUCACAACAGCAUGGAGAACCGACCCGUUCGGAUUCCCCAUCAUGUCGGAAGGAGCGUCACCUAAACCGGCCGAUCCAUUCGACUACGGAGGAGGAAUCAUGAACCCGGAGAGAGCAGCUAACCCAGGACUUGUCUACGACAUGGGCUACGAAGACUACGUCCAUUACUUGUGUUCUGCAGGGUACCAAGACAAAGCCAUCUCCAGCCUUCUUGGAAAAGUAUACACAUGUCCGAACCCGAGACCGUCGAUCCUCGACGUGAAUUUGCCUUCGAUCACAGUUCCUGAUCUCAAGGAACACGUCACAGUCACAAGAACUGUAACAAACGUUGGAACUGUAGAUUCUGUUGUUUACAAGCCAGUGGUCGAAUCUCCUUACGGUGUCAAAGUUGUGGUCAAUCCGAAAGCUUUGGUGUUCAAUUCCACGACAAAGAAGGCAACUUUCAAGGUUCAUGUCUCGACCACUAACGAAGUGAACAGUGCGUUCUUCUUUGGGAGCUUGACUUGGACCGAUGGUACCAAUAAUGUUACUAUUCCUUUGUCUGUUAGGACCAAGAUUUGGCAGUAUUCUGUCUGAAAAAUUACUUUGGGGUUUUUCUUUUUGUAAAUGUGAUAUACGAAUAUUCAUUCAUUUAUAUAAUCGGAUAUUUGAGGUUUUGGAAA